AUGCCUUCCUUCAAAGCCCUAUUUCUCGGUCUCGCCGUCCCACUUGCAAUUCAAGCUCAAGGUGUAAUCCUCAGCGCCAAAGGCGACUCUGGAGUCAGCAAAGGCCUCCAAGUCGACCCCAACGACCCAACCGACGCAAACUUCAUCUCCCUCGCCGAAGUAACCGCCAAUGUAGUCAACGAAUGCGGCCGCACCCUCCAAGGAGGCAACAUCGACAUCGGCGAGAACGUCGAAAACGCCCUCGUAGCCAACGAAGUAACAUCCGUCAAAAAGGGUAGCGACGUCCUCGUCACCAUUCGUCAGGACAACGCCAACGGAACCGGUCCUUUCACCUGUGACAUGGAUCAGACCGAGAACUCCCUCGGAGCAGGCCAAACGCCAUUGACAGUCAAAGAAGGCGCCGCCGGGUCCGGAACCGGGAACUUAACUCUCACGGUCACGAUGCCUGCCGAUAUGGCUUGUAUAGGAGCAUCAACAGGAAACAUCUGCGCCGUCCGCUGCCGCAACGCCCAAAACUUCGGCGGCUGUUUCCCCGUGCAACAAACCGACACCGUCGCCUCCAAGAACUCGCCCGAGCAGAUCGCGACCACGCAGACGCUCGACGGCAUCAACAAGCAGGUUGCGCAGAAUGUGAAGGAUCUGCCUGCGGCGGUGUCGGCGAUCGAGGGCGCGAGUCUGGAGGGCCAGGGAAAGGCGCUCGCGGAGGAGAUUUUGGCGGCGGAUCCGGUGGUUGAGAGUGCGGUUGUUAGUUCGGCGGCUGCGACGGCGACGGCGGGUGCGAAGAAGGGGAAUGGAAACGCGAAUGCGAAUGCGGGUGGGAAUGGGAAUGGGAGGGCGACUGGGGGGAAUGGAAAUGGGAAUGGGAGGGGAGGAAGGAAUGGGAAUAAGCGAGCUGAGGCGGGACUGAGAUGGGCGAAGAGGGAUGUGUAG